AAACGACCACACCCGCGUGCCCUGGUAACCCUGACCAGCAGCUGUCACUUGCAACAAAAACAACAGGGGCACGAAGAAGAAGAACUUUGACAGCUGCGCCGCAACCGAAAUCGAAGAAAAACAUUUUACGAUGGGCAACGCGCUGACACACUACCUGAAACCGGACGUAAUGCCCGGAGCGGAUGUGGUGACCACCUUUGACCCAAUGCUGGGCUUUGAAUCGCGCAAGGAGCGUGUGAUGGUCGCCACCACGGAGGAGAUGGAGUCCGCCAAGCUGCCGCUGGAUGCCCGCGACUAUUGCGCCCAUUUGGCCAUUGCCUACCGCGCCUGCCGCACGGACACCUUCCCCUUUGUGUACAAGUGCGCCCACCAGAAGCAUGAGUACCUCACCUGCGAGUACGAGGACUACGUCCUGCGCAUGAAGGAGUUCGAGCGGGAGCGUCGGCUGCUGGAGCGCCAGAAGCGCCUCAACAAGGCCGCCUAGGCUAAGCUACACACCAUACACACCCUCCCACUAGAAACCAUCCUCUACACCUGUGUCUGCUGUGGCGGGCAGGAGACGCCCCUGGCCGCGGAUCCACUGCCACUGCCCCAUGUUGCAAGCUAGUUUCCAGCGGGAAUGUCAAUAAACAACUCCAUGCUAGUAAUAA